UUAAACAUUGCCGAUACCCUUAACCGAUAUCCAAAUCACUCUGCUAACACAGAGGAGUGGUGUAGUUGACGUUUCAUUUUGACUAAAAGUAUCAUCAUAAAGUAACUGCAAUGUCAGGCAAAUCAAAGGCAUUCACUAAGGAAGAGGAACUCCUUCUCCAAGAUUUCUCCAGAAAUGUAUCCACGAAAUCAUCCGCGCUUUUCUAUGGCAACGCUUUCAUCGUCUCUGCCAUUCCCAUCUGGCUCUUUUGGAGAAUUCACCUCAUCGAUCUCUAUUCCAGCUUGAUAUCAUUUGUUCUGGUUACUAUUGCCAGCACAUACCUUGUUGCACUGGCCUACAAAAAUACCAAAUUUGUUCUUAAACACAAGAUUGCAGUGAAGCGAGAAGAUGCUGUCACAAGGGAAAUGAACAGGAAACUAGCUGAAGACAAGAAAAUGAGUAAAAAGGAAAAAGACGAACGGAUCUUGUGGAAGAAGAAUGAAGUGGCUGACUAUGAGGCAACGACCUUUUCCAUCUUCUACAAUAACGCAAUAUUCUUAGCAUUAGUUAUCCUCUUCUCAUUUUAUGUUCUGAGGACAUUUUCACCAGCCGCUAACUAUACCAUGUCUAUCGGCACAGCUAGUGGGCUACUUGCACUGCUUUCUACUGGUACACCGUUGUCGUAGAUAAUUGUGAUUGUUUAUAAACCAAUUAAAGUUUGUGAGUGUUCAAUGAAUCUUUUUUUUUUUAAUUCGAAUGAAUGAGCAAUUGAUAAUAAAUACAAUCCUAUUUAUAACAA